CCCCGGCUUUCUAGAAUCUCCAAAAGCCCCUCUUCCUUUUUCGCCGGAUCUUCUUGUGCACAUCAUCGCAUAUCCCAAAGCAGAAAACGCAAAAGAAACAGCAAUCCAAGCAAUCACGCGGCUGGUGCGAAGCAGCCAAGGACCAGCGAAGGGGGAGGGAGUUGACAAUGGGACAGUGCGGAUGCUUCGGGGCGGCGCAGAAGGAGCAGCGGGCGGAGGCCGACCGCCUCGAGGCGCAGGAGGCCCGCGCAAGGGCCGCCGAGGCCGCCCAGAAGAGGCAGCAGGAAUAUGAAAAGUCAGCUGCUGGACGAGCAGCACGAGCACAUAUUAAAGCUAUGAAGGAGGCCAAGACAUCAUCAAACCAAGGAGAGCCGGUUCUGAAGUGGCAGAUGGGGUAAAUCAUCGUAUGUGUCCUUGCAACUUUCAGCGUGUUGUUGAUGGUGUGUGGAAGCUUGUUUUCUUUUGAUCAUGCGAUGCAGUUUGGUCACCUAACUCAGUUGUGAUUUUUGUCAGUGAAAUGUACAUCCUUUUAGUCACUGCUAUACACGCCUAUUCAGAGUUAUGUAUUGCCCAAUCUGUCUUCUAGAAGUGUGUCGCGUGUUACUGUACAAUCUAUAGACAGUGGUGGUUGUCUGGCAAGGUAGGUAUUUUGCUUACACUUCUUUUGUACAAAGCUACGGGAGCAUGAUACCUGCAACUAUCCAGUGGGUUUUCUUUUUACCAAAGACCAGUCGUGUAGAUGUUCUUGUUGCAUUGAAAGUGCUCACUCUAUGAGAAGAUGGAAGAAAGGGAAGGAUUAUUCAUGUGCA